AGUUGAGAGAACACGAAGUACUGUUGUCAAAAAUGGCAGAAGAAUUAUCGUUGCUUGGUAUGUGGGCAAGUCCUUUUAGUUGCAGAGUAAAGAUUGCGCUGAAACUAAAAGGAGUAGUCCAGUACAAAUACAUUGAAGAAGAUUUAUUCAACAAGAGUCCUUUGCUUCUCAAAUACAACCCCAUCAAUGAGAAAGUUCCAGUGCUUGUACACCACGGAAACCCUCUCUUGGAAUCCCUUGUCAUUCUUGAAUACAUCGAUGAGACCUGGCAAGGUUAUCCCAUAUUUCCCAAAGACCCCUACGAGAGAGCCGUUGCACGUUUCUGGGCCAAGUUCAUUGAUGACAAGUUGCUGCCUGCAAUACGGAGAGCCUGCUGGGGGGAAGAGAAAGGGCGUGAUAAGGCAGUGGAAGAAGUAACUAAACUUCUCCAGUUAUUAGAGAAGGAGAUAAAGGAAAAGAGGUUCUUUGGAGGAGAGACAAUUGGAUUGGUAGACAUUGUGGCAGAUGUGCUAUGCCUUUGGCUUAGAAGUUUUGAAGAAGGGUCGGGAGUGGAGUUGAUGACAAGAGAGAAAUUUCCAAAACUCAGCAAAUGGAGCCAUGAGUUUGUAAGCACAAGUGCUGUCAAGGAAAACUUACCUCCCAAAGACGAACUUACUGUGUUUUUGAAAAAUCUCUUCGGGAGCUAGCCGGCCAAAUAGAUAUUGAUCCUGAAUUUACACCAGCACAUCUCUACGUACUCACAUGCAGUUGGUGGUCGAUCGUCAAAAUCUAGCGAAUAAAAUCCACCACUAGUGCCAUUAAUAAUUUAUUAUAUUAA